CUUGGCGUGCCAGCUAGGCGCAGGUGUUACGUAGGGCGCGGGGCCCGCCCACGGGGCGGCACCCGGGACCCAGCAGGGGACGCCGUGUGGUGGCGGAGGGGUGCGCGUGAUGGAGCCGUUGGAGGAGGCGGUUGGCGGUGCGGCGGCGGCGGUGGUGCUGGAGCUGCCGCGGCGGGAGCGCGGCGCGGCGGAGCUGGCUGCCGAGCUGGAGGCGCGGCGCAGCGGCGAGACGCGGCGGCUGGUGCUGGGCGGGCGGCGAGUGUCGGGCCCGCUGCCGGCCGCGCUGGGCCGCUGGUUCCCGGCGCUCGAGGUGCUGGACGUGAGCGGCGCGGGGCUGGCCGAGCUGGGCGCGGCGCUGCUGGCGCUGCCGCGGCUGCGGGCGCUGCUGGCCAAGAACAACCGGCUGGGCGGGCCCGGGUCGCUGCCCAAGGGGCUGGCGCAGGCCCCGCUCGGCCGCUCGCUGCGCGUCCUCAACCUCAGCGGCAACCGCUUCGCCGAGCUGCCGCCCGCCCUGCUCGGCCUGCGCGGCCUGCAGCGCCUCAGCCUGGGCGGCAACCGUUUGCACAGCAUCCCGCCAGACAUCCAGGGCCUGCAGAGCUUGGAGUUUUUAUACCUUGGAGGGAAUUUCAUUACUUCAAUCCCACCUGAGUUAGCAAACCUGCCUUCACUAAGCUACCUGGUACUGUGUGACAACAAGAUCCAAAGUAUCCCGCCACAGCUGGCUCAGUUGCAUUCCCUACGUUCCCUUAGCCUCCACAACAACCUGUUGACAUACCUCCCCCGGGAGAUCCUCAACCUGGUUCACCUGGAAGAGCUGAGUUUGCGUGGGAACCCUUUGGUCGUUCGGUUUGUCCGUGACCUGACCUACAAUCCCCCAAGUCUCCAGGAACUGGCUGGGCGAACCAUUAAAGCCCGCAACGUUCCCUAUGGUCCCAGUGAUCUCCCUGAGAAUCUUCUCAAAUAUCUGAACUUGGCCAGCAACUGUCCCAAUCCCAAAUGUGGGGGUGUCUACUUCGACAGCUGUGUCCGACAAAUCAAGUUUGUUGACUUCUGUGGGAAGUACCGCCUCCCACUGAUGCACUACCUGUGCUCUCCAGAAUGCUCCUCCCCCUGCAGCUCUGCCUCUCAGAGCUCCACUUCUCAGAGCGAGUCUGAUUCAGAGGAUGAAGCCAUUGCUGCUGCACACAGGAUGCAGAAAGUUCUUCUUGGAUAAAAGGGAUUGAGGGAGAAAAGACUGGAAAAGAAACAUGUUAGAAAAGGAAUAAUGGAACUGCAAAGUCUGAGGGUCUUGCCUGAGGGGCUUAUAGAAACUGCCGUCAAGUCACAUGGGGGCAGAACAUCAUCUAAGCAAAUGUAGGAUUGUUUGGUGCAAUGCUACUUAGAAGAACUAACUUAAUGAUGCACCUACAUGUAGGAGUGUUCCAGAGCUAGUGGUUGGUACAAAGUCCACCACAAAGGUCUGCUUUCUGAGAAUUCUGCCUGAAAAGGGGAGAUGGGACCUGCUCUGGUUAGGAGGGUGGUUUAAAUGGGUUCUAAAGCACGACACUUCACUGAACUGCUAAGCACCUUAUGAAGCAAAGGAGACUGCCCCAGGACAUAACACUGCAGUAAAUCAGAAAUGGCAUUACACCUAUAUUGUGAAUGUGUGUGGACUCAAGGCUUUGUCAGCAGAGGUUUUUUUCUUUGUAUCAUGCUUUAGCACCCUGCUCUCUCCUUGAUUUCCAGUUACAUUUUCAGACAGCUCCCAAAGUAAGAAUUCUUUUUAUGGGGUGUGGAUUUUCUAAUCUCUGGUUACCCUUCCUUUGCUUCAGACUUGGGAUCUCCGUCCUGUUGUGGAUAUUACAGCCUUAGAACUGAGCCUUAUUUGGUAUUUAUCUGCCUUUUUAUACUGAGCUGCUGUUUGCAUCCUCUUUAAGUCCAUCCUGAUUCUCUAAUUGCAGCUGGUGCAUCUUGCCUCAAAAUAUAGACAAGUUGUCUCACUGAGACUUGAUGUCAGUUCAGUUCCAAAGCCAUGUGCCUCCAAGCAAAGGACCAAAUGUGUUGUCCAGUAAUGUGCUUUGAACUCUGAUUCUAGUGGGGCAAGUCUGCUCUUAAACCUCUGCAACUUGUAUGGGCAACUCUUGAUUAAUCUUUCUGUUUAAUCAAGACCUGGAUGGUUAAGAUAGUGCCUGUUGGUGGCAGCAGUCCCUCGAUACGAGGAUGCCAGUCUUCCAGUAGAUAGGAAAGUGGUUUUAGUUAAGUAAGAGCUACUUGUUGCAUGGCUUUUUGUAAACUUUAUUUUUCCUCCCAAAGGUACUGCUUCCUUAAAUUGAAAGUACAGAAUAGGACAAUGCCAAGAGCACUGUGUUCUUCCACCUUUCUGGUAUGAAAAGAAGAGCUAGUGGGAAGAAACAGAAGACAAGGUGCUUGAGCUGGCUGUGCAGGCAUCAAGUUGAUGGUGCAGGCUCUUGUGUAUUUCUUAGUUUACAUUCAUUGCAAUGUUUAAAAGUUUAUGCAAUGUGGUGGAUUGUUCAGCUAGUACACUGAGUUUUCUCAAACUGUAUUUAAAGGAAAAAUGCAGAGAAUGGUUAUAAUACUAUAGCUAAACAUUGAGAAAUAACUUUAUUUCUAAACGGUGUGAAACUGACAGGGAUUUCUAAGUCUCCCUAUGGGGUGAUGCGUUUCCCACAAGGAGAGCUGCCAUUUUAUUGAUACUUCCCAAAAAGCUGUCUUUGUGAGGUAGCUUGAAAUACAACAAAUCCAGCUCUGCAUUUGAACAUAGGAGCAAAGCAGGUUAUUUGCUGGUCUAUGCAAAACAAACUAGUACAGUUUUUUUUAAACCCUACUUCCAAACAACUUGUAUGCUCCUCAGGCUUUCAGAAAAUUAAUCUAGCUGUUUGAGUGCAUCUUUGGCAGCUCUUUGUUAAUUGUUCUGUUUAACUGUUUGACACUUUAUUAAAGCACUUUCAUAAUUUACUUUUUGUAAUUAACUUUAGUGAGAAGAAACACACUCUAGACCAGUUGUUCUCAACUUUUUUUGUACCAGGACCCAUUUGUAAACAUCGAUGGCCAGUCCUGACCCAGUGCCCCUCACUCCCAAACCACUGCCUCCACCCCCAGUGUGUGUGUGUGUGUGUGUGUGUGUGUGUGUGUGUGUGUGUGUGUGUGUGUGUGUGUGUGUGUGGAGUAUGGGGCGCCUCAAGCAGCCCCUUAAAGGCUGGAACUCUGCUAGCCUGCAAGGGAAAAGCUGUGGUUUCCCAUGUUUUUCUCCUUUAAAGGAGCAUUCAUUUUUAAAGUUUGUUUGUGACCCUUUAAUGUAUUCUUGCAACCUACUUUUAGGUUAUGACCCAUGGGUUGAGAAACGCUGCUUCUAGACCACAAUUUUCCCUUAAUGUGACCUAAAAAACAGAGCAUUUGCAAUGUUAAUGUCUGCCUAGGUAUUCAGGAUCAAGUCCUUGCUUUUCAGUCUCUGGUAGCACUGAAAGUAUGCUUGUUGAGACCCUAAAUGUCCCUUGUAAAGAACUAGAAUUUGAAAGAAAUGGUCUUUUUUUUUUUUUUUUUUUUUUUAUAAGUAUCAGUGACUAAUCCAGAAUUUACCUUCUCAAGUCCACAUGUGACUGUGAUUCCACUCACAUCCCUCUGUGACAGCCAAGCUGUAGGUGUUACAUGGCUUUUGAAAUCUGUUUGCACACAACCCAGUAGGGUAGCAUUCAGAUUAAAUUUAGCCAGAAUCAAAUACAACUGCAGCCAGCUGUACAAGGCUUGGUUGGGAAGGAGAUCCUGAAAGCUCUGAAAUGGCACUAGCUGGGUGGUAGGAGGAGCCUGUUUUCUGUCCUUCACUUCCCGUGGCAAAGGAGACAUGAGGUACAUAGACCUUGGCCUGGCCACAGUUACAACUAUUCUGUUAAUUAGUGGGCUGCAGUCCCCCAUUCUCUGCCUUCUACAGGCAAAAUCAUUGUUUCAGAACUUUUUCCCUUAUUGCUGCAUCUGUUCAGCAUUUCCCCCUUUUGAUACAAAGUUUUAAGUUGAGAAAGAUGUAAAGCUGGGUUAUCAUUCUGCAUUCCCUGCUGUGUUGAGAGUCCUGUGCACAUUCUUCCCUUUCCCCUUCAUCUCUGCCAAGAAGAGCUGAUGGUAAGUUUCUGAAUGAAGGUAGUUAAUGUGAAGAGCGGGAUCAUGUUAAAAGAAGCAAAAAUAUCUACUUGACUGGAAGCAGUUUACACAGUUGCCAGUUCUUUUAUGUUUCUCUUCAGUAAGAGGGAAGACUUGCAGAAGUCAAUAAUGAACAUUUGAACAAGUUCUGAAGUGGCCAGAUGCAGUUUCUCAUGGUUUUCUGUCGUGUUCAUUUCUGCCUUUGAAAUUUUGGAUUGAAUUGUUUGGGAAGGAAUUGGCUCCUUUUUGUUCCUUACUCCUGUUGGCAGUAAUGAAUGGAAGGAGUCUAAUCCAAUGAAAGUAAUGAAACUUAAUCCCCACAAUGCAUCUUUGUUACCAAGUUCAAAGAACUGUUUUUAAUGCAUCUUAUUCACACCAGGCAGAUGAUUUUUUCCCCUGCUCUGCUUGAGUAGUUUCAACAUCCUUCAAAUACACUUCUUCAGGGUGCACUCUAAUGCAGGAAUAACUCCACCUUGGAAACCUCUCUAUUGAUGGCUUUGUUUGCUUGUUCAACGAGAGCGUUGAUCUUGUACUGAACACUGAAGGAUUAGAGGUUUUCAAUCCAGCCAUCUUGCUGAAUUUUAGUCAUGUAAAAACCAAUGUUCAAAGUCGUAAAAAAGUGCCUUACGUUUUUUAAAAAGCAUUUUGCUAGAAAUGUUCAAAUAUAGAAUAUCUCUAACAGUAUUUCAUUAUGAAACAAAUUGUAAUACUAAAAAUGUUAUUUCUAAAA